ACCACCCCCACUAUUUUCCAUCACCAAUCUAUUAAACCUAACCCAAAGCUCUCAUAUUUGAUGAUGAAGAGCUUGGAAGAAGAGGAGACCCUUCAGAAAAUUGGUGGGAUGGAAGUGUUGUUUGCUACCAGUGUUUGGUUGAUAUCCACAAUCUUCACAGGGUUGGCAAUAUUGGGAGGAAUUUUGGGGUACUUGUAUGGACCCUACUGGGGGGUGAGAAGGGUACCUGGCCCACCAACUAUCCCCUUGCUAGGACACCUUCCCUUGCUGGCAAAGUAUGGUCCUGAUGUAUUCUCAGUUCUUGCCGAACAGUACGGCCCUAUUUUCAGGUUUCAUAUGGGCAGGCAACCAUUGAUAAUUGUAGCAGAUGCUGAGCUUUGUAGAGAAGUUGGAAUAAAGAAAUUCAAAGACAUUCCAAACAGAAGCAUUCCAGCUCCCAUAUCAGCCUCCCCUCUUCAUCAAAAGGGUCUUUUUUUCACCAGGGAUGCAAGAUGGUCGACAAUGCGAAACACUAUAUUAUCGGUGUAUCAACCAUCACACCUCGCCAGCCUUGUGCCUACCAUGCAGUCCUUCAUUGAAUCUGCAACUGAGAAACUUCACUCCUCCAAAGAAGAAGAGAUUACAUUUUCUACCCUUUCCCUUGGAUUGGCUACUGAUGUACUAGGGCAAGCUGCAUUUGGUGUCAACUUUGGCCUUUCUAAUACACAUUCGAUCGGCAAAUCAAUCAAAGGAGAAGACAACGACGAUGAAGUCUCGGACUUCAUCAACCAACACAUUUAUUCCACAACGCAGCUUAAGAUGGACUUAUCAGGUUCCUUAUCCAUCAUACUCGGUUUACUAGUCCCUAUACUCCAGGAGCCAUUUAGGCAGAUUUUCAAGAGAAUUCCGGGCACUAUGGACUGGAAAGUUGAGCGUACUAACCGGAAGUUGAGUGGCCGGCUUGAUGGUAUUGUGGCGAAGCGAAUGCAAGACCGUGAGCGAGGCUCGAAGGACUUCUUGUCGGUAAUUAUGAAUGCAAUGGAGUCAGAGGCGGUUUCGAAGAAUGUCUUCACUCCUGACUACAUUAGUGCAGUUACUUACGAGCAUCUCCUUGCUGGAUCAGCCACCACAGCAUUCACAUUGUCUUCAAUUGUCUACUUGGUUGCUGGACAUCCAGAAGUCGAAAAAAAAUUGCUGGCAGAGAUUGAUGGAUUUGGACCGCCUGAUCAGAUGCCAACUGCUCAUGAUCUUCAACACAAGUUUCCUUACAUUGAUCAGGUGAUUAAAGAGGCAAUGAGGUUUUACAUGGUUUCCCCAUUAGUUGCGAGAGAAACAUCCGGAGACGUCGAAAUAGGAGGUUAUCUUCUACCAAAGGGGACUUGGGUGUGGUUAGCACUCGGUGUUUUAGCGAAAGAUCCAAAGAACUUCCCGGAGCCAGACAAGUUCAGGCCAGAGAGGUUUGAUCCAAAUUGCCAAGAAUUGAAACAAAGGCAUCCUUACGCUUUUAUACCGUUUGGAAUCGGACCUCGAUCCUGCAUUGGUCAGAAAUUUUCCCUACAAGAACUAAAGCUCUCACUGAUUCACUUAUACCGGAAAUAUGUGUUCCGGCACUCUCCCGACAUGGAGAAACCUCUUGAGCUUGAGUACGGCAUUGUUCUCAACUUCAAGAAAGGUGUCAAGCUUAGAGUCAUAAAGAGGACAUGAUCACGAUCAUGCGCUGAUUGAAUCAACUGGGGAUUGAUUGCAUGAAAGAUUAUGUGAAAUCUUCAGUCCUGUAAUGUUCUUGAAAUCGACCAAAAAUUUCUGAGACGAAAUUUUUUAGUUAUUUAUGAAAAUAAUUAAUGUGAACAUCUCCAUUGUAACGGAGUUUUUAAAGGCA